GAAGGAAGAGAAGAAAUAUGUCGUGUUAUCAUGUUCGGUGUGUUGUGCAUUGAGUGUUUGGAUUUUAAUUGUUGGUUGUAAUUAAAAGUUACUUCAAAAACUCUGUAUCAAAAAGUUUUGUGGCGUUGCAAAUGAUAUUGUGUGUGCUAAAUUUGUGUUAACACUUGUUCCAGAUCUGUUAUCUUGUCUAUCAAAGGCGUGGAUAUCAUCACUUUUCAAUAAAUCGUCGAAUGAAUAUAACACCCAUGAGCGCCAAAGACGGUGCUGAAUCACCACAUAGACGGAUGCCGUGAGUCUAUCACCGGCAGCGCAAGACGUCGCCGUGAUGACCACAACCCGCCAACAUGCGUCGGCGGCCAUUUUAAACCGGAUCCGGACGCGUUGCUCGGCUCGCGAUGGCCGUCUGCGCUCACGCAUCCCACCACCCUGCGCACGCGCGCAUUCAUACUCCCCAGCACUAUGAAAUGUGGAAACACGGCAAGUGGCGAAAGAAAACGUCACCACCAAGGACAAACGCGGCCGUUAGAGUGCCCAGAUAGAGACUACAGUGAUAUCCAUAGAGGCCUAAGUGUUACUGUUCUGUGUAAAUAUAGUGGUGUGUAGUUUAAGGAUGGCGAGCGAGACGAGAGGGUCGCGCACGCCGCUGUUGGAAUGCGGCGAGUACGCGCAUCACAAGCCGUCGGCGCCGCGGUGCUGCUUCUGGCUAGCCAGCCACAUCAAUGUCAAGAAGUGCGUGUUCGGCAUCAUGCUGCUAUCCGUCCUCACCAGCUUCUUCUAUACGUAUUACGUCACCGUGCCGUUCACUAGCCUCGUGUGGCGAGACCGCGUACCGCGUCCGCUGUCACAGUGUUCGUUACUCGCGUCGCAGCAACAAGCGGCGCGCGACCAUCGCUCCGACGCGCGACUUCGCAUCGACGCGAAGGUGUUGGUCAUUGUGGAGUCGGCAUACUCGCGACUAGGACGCGACAUCGCCGAGCUUCUUGUCGCCAACCGUAUACGGUACAAGGUGGAGGUGGCAGGCAAGAGUUUGCCCGUUCUCACCACUUUGGACAAGGGGCGCUACGGCGUUAUCGUCUUCGAAUCGCUGUCCAAAUAUGCGAACAUGGACAAGUGGAACCGAGAACUCCUGGACAAAUACUGUCGGGAAUACUCAGUGGGCGUCGUGGGAUUUGCCACGCCUGGAGAAGAAACUCUUGUCGGCGCACAGCUCAAAGGAUUUCCACUCUUCAUGCAUACCAACUUAAGAUUGAAGGAUGCAACACUGAAUCCUGCGUCGCCUGUGUUGCGACUGGCCCGCGCCGGUGAGACGGCUUGGGGAGCGCUACCCGGUGAUCAUUGGACAGUCUUCCGAGCCAACAGUUCCACGUACGAACCCGUAGCGUGGGCGCUUCGACAAGACGACUACGCUUCUACAGAAGAACAUACACCCCUAGCCACCGUGAUGCAAGACCACGGUCGUUUGGACGGCGUGCAAAGAGUCCUGUUCGGGUCGGGCCUUCAGUUCUGGCUGCACCGGCUUUUGUUCCUCGACGCGUUGAGCUACCUCAGCCAUGGACAACUCAGCCUGAGCUUGGAGAGGUGGAUUCUUGUGGAUAUUGACGACAUCUUCGUGGGGGAAAGAGGCACUCGUCUUCACGAAGAGGACGUGGCGGCCCUCCUGGCUUCGCAGUCCGCACUGCAACGAUUGGUACCAGGGUUCAAAUUCAACCUGGGCUUCAGUGCCAAGUAUUACCAUCACGGGACGUCGCAUGAGAACAGAGGAGACGACGCAUUGUUGAAAUAUAAAGAGCAUUUUACAUGGUUCUGUCACAUGUGGAACCACCAGCAGCCGCAUUUGUACACCAACGUCUCGCAACUGGAGGCAGAGAUGAUGUUGAACAAGCAAUUCGCCAUUGAGAAUGGCAUCCCCACUAACUCGUCGUACUCCGUGUCUCCCCACCACUCGGGUGUGUACCCAGUGCACGAACCACUGUAUGAAGCCUGGAGGAAAGUGUGGGAUGUCAAAGUCACCAGUACUGAAGAAUACCCACAUCUAAGGCCGGCAAGGUUACGCCGCGGCUUCCGCCAUCGUGGUGUGAUGGUGUUACCUCGACAGACUUGCGGUCUAUUCACACAUACGCUCCUACUGGAGAGAUACCCGGGGGGUAGGCAGCGGCUCGACCGCUCCAUACAAGGCGGCGAGCUCUUCCAAACUGUCAUCAAUAAUCCGAUCAACGUGUUCAUGACGCACAUGUCAAACUACGGCAACGACCGCUUAGCGCUGUACACCUUCGAGUCGGUGGUCAAGUUCCUCCGAUGCUGGACCAACGUCCGCCUGGCAUCGGCACCUCCACUUGCACUAGCAGACAAGUACUUCCAACUGAGGCCUGAUGAAUUGAACCCACUCUGGGGGAAUCCAUGCGACGACAUAAGACACCGACGGAUCUGGUCGAAGAACAAAUGGUGCGACACCCUGCCGAAGGUUCUCGUGAUCGGGCCUCAGAAGACGGGCAGCACGGCGCUGUACACCUUUCUCGCGAUGCACCCAGCGCUGGUGCCCAACUUACCCAGCCCCACCACCUAUGAGGAACUACAGUUUUUCAAUAACAAUAAUUAUCUCAAAGGAUUGGAUUGGUACAUGAACUUCUUCCCGCCAAGUCUCGGUAACUCCACUCAGAUGACGUUCGAGAAGUCUGCCACGUACUUCGACGGCGACCUGGUGCCGCGCCGAGCGCAUGCGUUACUACCAAAUGCUAAGGUCAUCGCUAUACUCAUAUCACCGUCCAAAAGGGCGUACUCGUGGUACCAGCACAUCCGAUCGCACGGCGACCCGGUGGCUAACAACUACACGUUCCAUACAGUCAUUACUGCCAACGAUUCUGCACCAAAGCCACUAAAGGACCUCAGGAACCGCUGCCUCAACCCUGGCAAAUACAGCCACUACCUGGAGCGGUGGCUGGCGGAGUUCAGCGGUCACCAGCUCCACAUCAUCGACGGUUCUCUUCUGCGUUCCGAGCCCGCGUCCGUCAUGAACUCGCUGCAGAAGUUCCUCAAGAUAUCGCCACACGUCGACUACAACCGGCUGCUCAAGUUUGACGCCAAGAAAGGUUUCUACUGUCAAGCGGUGAGCAACGAAAAAACGAAAUGCCUCGGCAAAUCCAAAGGUAGGAUAUACCCGCCAAUGAACGAGUUAUCUGCUAAAUUCUUGAAGAAAUAUUACACGCCUCACAACACUGCAUUAUCCAAAUUGUUGGUGCGCCUGGGCCGGCCCGUACCGCAGUGGCUCAAAGACGAACUGUCCAACGGAUAGCAUACCUCGCAACCGCAUCGGUUGGAACCAAGCAAUCGGCGCAGGCUGCUCAAAGUCUGCGUCGUCACCAUGCCUUGACCAGGUCCAAGGAAUGGCCUCGCCGAAGUUGUGAACUACGGCCGUAGAUCGCGCUACGCAUUGUUGUUUUUCGAAGUGUUUCGAUGUGAGAGUAUCCUUGUUGAAAUUAUCUUUGUCUAUCAAUCCUUGUAAUAUAAUGUUUUAUAGAGUGAUAUUAUAAAUGACUUAAUAUUGUCGUCUAUUCGCGACGAGAGUCGGUUAACAUUAUGGUUUAAUAUUUUUGUGUAGAAUAGAGGGCGUGUCUGCGAUUCAGCGAACCAGUUAUUUCAACUUUGCUUGCCUGAUCUUGUUGUUUCGUAGCCAUAUUUUUAUGGAAGCAAAGUUUCCGGCAGCUUGUUUUAUUUUACUGUCGGGUUAAGUGCUAUUUGUUACAAUAUUGCAGAUAUGGACUCAUUUAAUCUUUGUCGAUAUGUUUAAGUAGUUAGUUAAUUGAAUAGCUUCCAGUCCCCGCAGCAUGGCACGAGCGACUUACUAUUUCUGUUUCGCUUUUUAUUAUGACGUGAAUCGCGACAGCGUUAGUUUCUCGCGCGAUAAAAACAGCGUCGCGCGUGCCAUGCUAGGCGGGCAGGAGAUGUCCCGGAAAUGAAUCACGUGUAACCCAAUGUAUGCUAUUUAUUUUAUGCCAUAAAUGAAUGUUUAGUUGUUUUAAGUUCGCUACAAAAAAGCUCGACAUUCAUUCCACCAUGUAACCGACUAAUCGGGCCACGCUUAUUUUACAUUUAGUGUUUAAUUUUUUUUAUAUAUAUUUUUUUAAUAUGCGUACCUGAUGCAGUUUGUAAUUUGGUAGUUAAUUUUGUACGUUUCAUAUCGAAUAUUUAGAGCUAAUUUUAAUUUGAACAAUGUCUAUGUCUGCUGUGCCAUUUAAUUUUAUUACACUAACGGCACUAACACAGAUGAACACUUUUAUACUUUCUGUAUAAGUACUUAUAUAAGUUACAAUGCAUAUAAUGACAAUAGAACAAGGAACUAGUCUUUUUAUAAUUAUUUUUUGUAGUUUCAUCAUCAAAUUGUGGGAGCAGUGACUUCUGACAUUCUGUUAAAGUACACAUAUAACAUCAUUUUGUUACCGUUUUAGUAUAAGAAUUUUUAAUAUACAUAUUUAAAAUAUGACUUUAUAUUUAAAUAAAUGAUAUCAAUGGUGACACAAUGGAUGAAUCAUAAAUUGUAUUUGGUAUAUAUUUUGAUAUGGAUGAAUUUAUUGGCGAAGGUUUUAGGAGACGAGAUGUAAACAAGAUCAAUUUAUGGACAUUAGUUUAUUUUUCUCUUGUAAUAGAUGUCAGUAGUUAAAACUUAAAGUUUUUUUUCUCCCGGAAAUAGAAAAGUACAGAAAGUUAUAUCAUGAAAAUUAUAAUUAAUAUAGAGAUAAUGAGAUUUUAUAAUCAUUGCCGCAAUGUUUCCAUUUAAUUUUUUUUCGUUAAGCUUAAUUCGUGGAGUUUUCAUAAAUUUAAACUUGUACACAUAACUAUUGUGUAUAUGAUGUCUUACAUUGAGUAGGAAAAAUAUUGUUCAUACAAUAUGCGAAGACAUAUUUAAAACAUGAGAAGCGCAUAUCAAGGAUUACAUCCUAGAGGGCUAAAGGGCAGAUUAUGUUCCUACGGGACGGUUGUGUUAAAUCUGGCAAUAACUUAAUGUUACGUUUUACUCGAGCAAUGUAACUCGAGCAGUCGAAUUUUAUUAUAAUUCAUUUUCAACGAUAAUUUAAUUUUAAUUAUUAGGUAUUGAUUAAUGAUUAAUACAGCCAAUAAUGACUGCUCUUAAAAUGUGUUCUUUAUAAGAAACUACACAUCACUUAUUUUAUUAAAUGA